AUAAAAAUAAUAAAGUAAGUUAAAAGGAGAAACUACUUUUACAGUGCUAAAAUUAUUAUUACAGAUCUACUCAAAGAACAGGACAAAAUACCAUUAAUUAAUUCGUAAAUAUAUUUGUUUGACAGCAACCCCACAGUUUCUGAGAAUCUUUUGAAGAAACGUUUUCAUCAGAGUGGGGUUAAGCCUCCCAGCAUAACUAGUAGCAGAGGCUUCACCGCAUUGACACUGUUGUUGCAUGAGAGAAACAAAAACAUGCGAACUAUGUAAUGAACCACACUUGUUUCUCGAUUUGUUUCUGGUUUCUAUGUCACUUAAAAUUUGUAAUUGCACAACAUUCUGUGGCUGAUUAUAGAGUAAAAGGAUUUCUAUAAAGACGGACUUUCUCUGGGCAUCAACUACCAUGUUCUCUGCUUCUGCCACCUUUAAUCGCCAAUGCCGGUGACCAGAGAUACUGUUGUUUAACUUAUGCCUGCGUUUUAUCUUCUGGGAAUAGUAAAGAAAAAGUUCUGCAAACAGAUUAAAGAUGGUCCCAAUUGGUCAUGCUUCCGAUGACAAGCAGAAAAAACGAGACUCAGGAGAAAUCGUUUUGGAGGAGAAAAGUGUGGUAACUCUAAGAGAACUCUUGGAAGAAUGCAUUAGUGACACUGAGAAAUCUCAUCAACCACCUGAAUUAGCUGGUGGUAAUCCAAGCUCAACGACCGAGUUUCACCGGAGGAAGUUACUCAGACCAUGCAGAAUGAGAUCAAUUGAGCGCCUACCAUCUUUUCCUCCAAGUUGUUUGUCAAAACUAACAAAGCCUAAAAGCAAAGGCAUUGGGAAAAACACUAUUCGAUGUAAUCCACACAGUUCCAGAACUUUGGUGAAUUUCAGUCUUUCUGACCUGAGAAAUGCAACCAACAAUUUUAGCAAUGAGAAUAUAAUUGGAAGAGGUGGUUAUGCUUAUGUUUACAAGGGCAGCCUGCAAGAUGGGCAACUAAUAGCAGUUAAGCAACUGAGUAGAGGGACUCCAGAAGACAGGAUAUCAGUUCUUCUAUCUGAGCUAGGAAUUCUUUCUCAUGUUGAACACCCCAAUACUGCCAUGCUUAUUGGGUUUGGAGUUGAAGGGGGAAUGUACCUUGUUUUUCGAUUAUCUCCUAUGGGAAAUUUAGGAUCUCUUCUUCAUGGUCCUAAUAAAAAUACCUUGGAUUGGAGCAAAAGGUAUAAAAUUAUUUUGGGGAUAGCAGAUGGCCUCCUCUAUCUUCAUGAGAUUUGUCAAAGGCGAAUCAUUCAUAGAGAUCUUAAAUCAGAUAACAUUCUGCUCACUGAGAAUUUUGAGCCGCAGAUUUGUGAUUUUGGGCUCUCAAAAUGGCUACCAGAACCCUGCAGUCAUCAUAUUGUACCAAAAUUUGAAGGCACAGUUGGGUAUUUUGCUCCUGAGUAUGUGAUGCAUGGCAUUGUAAACGAAAAAACUGAUAUUUAUUCCUUUGGGGUCUUACUUUUGGAGAUUAUAACUGGGCGUCGUGCUUUGGAUCAUCUGAAAGAAAGUAUUAUGCUAUGGGCAAAGCCUUUAUUGGAAGCUAAUAAUAUUAAGGACCUUGUUGAUCCUUCUCUGGGUGAUGAUUAUGACUGGGAACAAAUGGAACGUGUAGUUUUGACUGCAUCACUGUGUGUUGAGCAGUUUCCUAUCUUACGCCCCAGAAUGAGUCAGAUUGCAAUACUGCUAAGAGGUGAUGACUAUGUCAUGGAACAUACUGAGAGGAGUAACAAGAUGUACAAGAAUACAACUCAAGGAGCUAUUUAAGUGUUGUCAGUUGGCAUAAUCAGGUUGCCUUGGAUUCUUGAGAACUAAGGACAUCAUAUUAAAAACAUUUGAUCGUUGAUUGUGUUACUGUGUCGGAUUUGGAUUGUCUGCUGAGUCUUCAAAAUACACUUACACACUAAUGUAUUGAUUUUGAUGUUCUAAAAUAUAUUAAAAACUUUUUUAAUAUAUAUCAUCAGUGUAUUUUGAAAACUCAGCAGAUGGAUAAUCCUAAAAUUCUGGCAAAAAAUUUGGACUCAAAUGCACUAUUGAACUUUUUUGCUUAUAGGAAGAAAGGAGGGAUAUAAAAUCUUACAUUCUGUUCUUUGUUAUUAUUAUGAAAAUUGACUAUUAUGAGAAAUCAUCCAUAAAUAUAGAAUUA